AUGGGUUUACUAGCCCCAGCGAAACCUUUGAGAACCUUGCUUGCAAGGGUGUAUGGUCUUCCCCCCGAGCUUCAGGAAUUGAUAUUUGGGUUUUCGCUAAAUCAACCGGGAGGGUAUUGGCUUUUCGACAAGGAAAUCCUCACUGUGCUCAAAGCAUUACAUGCAUGGCCGGAGAAGAGAAGCCGUCAGCUUUCAUUAGGUGGGUCUCUGUUCGCGCGAUGGGUCACAUUUGGCUCGAUGUCGUAUCUUGCAGGCCUGUACGAGCAUCAUGUGCCAGGCUCUCUGAAAAUCGAACCAAGUCAAGCAGAGUGGGACCGUAUUGUUAUUCAUUGGAACGAUUCUCGUAUAGCUGGACUCGACCUCGUUAGGUCCGAUAUGGCACUGGUCACUACAGAAGGGCUUGACUCUGUUCAAAUAAUCCGUCGGCCGACGUGCGCAAACUUGUGGGUCACGAUGCAAGGUCUGUUUGUCUCUCGAAUUGACCCAUAUAACGACUGUAGUCAGCGUUUCUUUUGGAACAGUUCUACCCCUUUGCUAUGUAACGAUUUUCCAGAGUUCCCUAUCCUCGACUUAUUCAGUACGGAUAAAGACGCGAGCAUUACUUGUCUGGCUUUGGAGGGGCUGAGUGGAGUGACGAUUGGUCAUUGCCAAGGCCGAAUUGAAGCAAUUUAUCUACACAGAGAUAUCGAAGACAGCUCUCACAUAUAUGGACAAGCACACAGCUUUGUCACGUGGACCCAUUGUCCGUUUGACAGAGGAGAGACUAUUGUGGGUAUAUGGCUGGUCCGUAACGGGGGAACUGGGUUAAUCAUCAACACGACGUCGAAGGUCGCAUGGUUAUGCCCAUACACUGACUGGCGCAAUCCUUCAUCAAUCCGUCGUCUCGCAUUACCCAGAACAAAGGUCAUCUACCAUACCUCUUGUAUGCAGGGAUUUGGGUCCAUACCAGCGAUCCCUCAUCAACUAAGCACUCCUCGGGAUUGCGGAGAGUGCAGCUUUCCAGAUUUUCCACUUCUCCUUCGUGGGUAUUGUCAGUAUCACUGGACGUGUUCUAUGGCAUCUUUGGAAAACGUUCAAGCAGUUCGAUCAUGCCCAAGGGGGGGUAUAGAGCUGAGAUACAGUGGCUUUCGCCAUUGUCUCGGUGACUUCAGACCUUGCGAAGCGACGGAUUGGUGCGAGAAUCCUGCCUAUUUCAAGGUCACCUCCACAGCCCGCUUAUGCUACAGGAUCACUUUCUUCAAGGAGGGAGAAAAAGACGACGAAUCUGGACUUUUGUUACUGGGCGGAAAGGAAGUUAUUUUCUGGUCGCGCCAAGAUGAUUUGAUCAUUGAAGUUAAGGUCAUCAAUCAAGCUGAGCAAAGGGCAGAGUAG